CUCCUCUUUCUCCUCCUCUUCCUCUUCCUCCUCUUCUUCCUCUUCCUCUUCUUCCUCUUCCUCCUCCUCCUCUUCCUCCUCCUCUUUCUCUUCCUCUUCCUCCUCCUCCUCCUCCUCUUUCUCUUCCUCUUCCUCCUCUUCCUCCUCUUCCUCCUCCUCCUCUUUCUUCCUCCUCUUCCUCCUCUUCCUCCUCCUCCUCUUUCUCCUCCUCCUCCUCCUCUUUCUCCUCCUCCUCCUCUUUCUCCUCCUCUUCCUCUUCCUCCUCUUCUUCCUCUUCCUCUUCUUCCUCUUCCUCAUGUUCAGGACUUCCUCACUGACCUGGUGAUGUCAGAGGUGGAUCGUUGUGCUGACCACGACGUCCUGAUCUUCAGGGAGAACACGUUGGCCACAAAGGCCAUCGAGGAAUAUCUGAAGCUGGUGGGACAGAAAUACCUGCACGACGCCCUCGGUGAGUUCAUCAAAGCUCUGUACGAGUCGGAUGAGGUGUGUGAGGUGGAUCCCGGCCGCUGCUCGGGCAGCGAUCUGUCUGAACAUCAGAGUAACCUGAAGAUGUGCUGCGAGCUCGCCUUCUGCAAGAUCAUCAACUCCUACUGCGUGUUUCCUCGCGAGCUGAAGGAAGUCUUUGCGUCCUGGAAGCAGCAGUGCGUUGCUCGCGGCCACACGCAGGACAUCAGUAAGCGUCUGAUCAGCGCCUCUCUCUUCCUGCGCUUCCUCUGCCCCGCCAUCAUGUCGCCGUCGCUCUUCAGCCUCAUGCAGGAGUACCCGGACGACCGCACGUCCCGGACGCUCACGCUCAUCGCCAAAGUCAUCCAGAACCUCGCCAACUUCACCAAGUUUGGGAACAAGGAGGAGUACAUGGCCUUCAUGAACGACUUCCUGGAACACGAGUGGGCGGGGAUGAUGCGUUUCCUGUCUGAGAUCUCCAACCCAGAGACUCUGUCCAACACGCCGGGCUUCGAGGGUUACAUCGACCUCGGCCGCGAGCUGUCCGUGCUGCACGCUCUUCUGUGGGAGGUGGUGUCACAGCUCGACAAGGCCACCGUAGCGAAGCUGGGCCCGCUGCCGAGGAUUCUGGGAGACAUCUCUCGCUGCCUGGCGGCGCCCACGCCGGUCCAGCAGCAGCUGCGACGCUUCCAGGAGCACAACUCGGCGCACAACAUCAGCGGCAGCCUGUCGUCAGGGUUACAGCGGAUCUUUGAGGACCCCGCCGACAGCCGCAGCGACGCCCGCAGCCUGCAGUCCCAGGAGCUGAUGGAGGGUUACGGUCGAGGUCAGCGCCCCCUGCUGGCAAAGCAGCAUCCCUCCACCCACACCAGCUUCUCAGACCACGAGGAGCGGGACAGCCCGCUACCCAACGGACGCAGCAUCUCCAUGGUGGACCUGCAGGACGCUCAGAGUCUGCACGGCCCCCCAGGACCGCCGCCGCACCACGAGGCCCCACCCCGACUCAGCAGAGUGGGCUCGCAGGCCUCCAUUGGACACGCCCCGCCCCCCCCUCUUAACUUUCCCCACUCCAACCCUCUCACCCCCCAGCCACCGCCCCACCAGAUCAAAGCCCCGCCCAGAGACGCUCAGCCGCAGAGCGCGCCGCAGGUGAGGCGGCCGCUGCACCCGUCGCUCAGCCAGCAGCGCAGCCUGCAGCCGCUCUCCUUCCAGAACCCGGUCUACCACCUGAGUAACCCCGCCCACAGCCUGUCCACACGCUCCGCCCACUCGCUGCACCGCGACUCCAGCUCGGAGAACCUGAGCACCGAGAGCUCCCACAACAGUCACAGCAACUCGGACGACUUCGGCAGCCAGGUGGGCGUCAAAGGCCGCGUGGCGUCCAACAGCAGCCUAGACGAGCUGGGCAGCAGGCGGAGCACGCAGAGCGAGGAGUGUUCCACGCCACGCCGACACGCACCGCCGGACCUCCCACCUGGCGCUGCCACAGCCGUCGCCAUCCCCCGUCAGAGCACGACGGCGGGUACCGCCCACAUUGUCAAGGUAGAGCAGCAGAGCAGGGCAGGGGGCGGAGCCAGGACGCCACGCUCAAUCCCUCAAACCUCGUCGCUUCGUAGCAGCAGCAGCGCCAACACCGAGCCGACGCCCGCCACAGGCCAGGCCAACCGCCAGCAGACCCCCUCCUCUGUGGAGAACGUGGCGCCGCCCACGAGGAGCGCCACCAAGCAGGCACAGCAGGUGGUGUCUCCGGUGGAGACGGUGGCGGUGGCGAUGUCGCCAGUGGAGAGGACGGCGGCCUGGGUGCUCAACAACGGACAGUACGAGGAGGAGGAGGAGGAGGGAGGAGAGAAGAGCAGAGAGGAGGGCAAGAACACGGAGAAGUACGAGCUGGAGAUCUCCCGUCUGAAGGAGCGUCUGCGGGUGUCGGGGCGUCGUCUGGAGGAGUACGAGCGGCGGCUGCUGACUCAGGAGCAGCAGAUGCAGAAGCUCCUGCAGGAGUACAAGAACCGCCUGGAGGACAGCGAGGAGCGUCUGAGGAGGCAGCAGGAGGAGAAGGACAGCCAGAUGAAGAGCAUCAUCUGCAGGCUGAUGGCGGUGGAGGAGGAGCUUAAGAGGGACCACGCGGAGAUGCAGGCGGUGAUCGAAGCCAAGCAGAAGAUCAUCGACGCUCAGGAGAAGCGGAUCUGCUCCCUGGACGCGGCGAACUCCCGGCUGAUGUCGGCGCUGGCGCAGGUGAAGGAGCGCUACAGCACGCCGAACCUCCGCAACGGCCUGUCACCCACCAACCCCACCAAACUGUCCAUCACUGAGAACGGCGAGUUCAAGAACAGCAGCUGCUGAUUGGUCCGGGCGGGACACGAGGAGGCGGAGUUUAAAUAGUCUGAAUUUAAAGAGUCUAUAAAUACGAGUGUAAAUACUGUGUGUGUGUGUGUGUGUGUGUGUGUGUGUGUGUGUGUGUGUGUGUGUGUGUGUGUGUGUGUGUGUGUGUGUGUGUGUGUGUGUGUGUGUGUGUGUGUGUGUGUGUGUGUGUGUGUGUGUGUGUGUGUGUGUGUGUGUGUGUGUGUGUGUGUGUGUGUGUGUCACAGAAGCACAGUGAGGAAGAAACGAACCAAAAACUCAAAACGCACUCGACUUUUUCUAACUGACUUUUUUUAUGUUUUUUGUUUUUUUCUCCUCGAGUGGAUUUUUAUUUUGUGUUAUUUCAGAGUGGAUUUCUUCUACUUUUAUUUGACCUGACGAGCUGUUGUUGUUGUUGUUGUGUUCUGAGGUUUUUAAUUUAUUCCUCCACGUCGCCCCCUUGUUGCUCAUCUACUGUACUGACUCCUGUAGGGUCAGGGUCAAAGGUCACACCUGUCUGCUGUCCACAUGUGGAGAAUAAAAGCUGCCUGAAAGC